UGCUAGGAAGGGCUGGGGAGGAAAGUACACCAAUGUUGACGAUGAAUCAUGCGGAUGAAUCCCCCAUGACCUUCCCACAGCACAGCAAACUAUUGACCGAGAUCGGAAAAAACUCACCAAGAGUUGUGGAAAUAUCAGCAAGCCCAGGCUCGCCUUUAAAAGUCACAGACAUCCCCGGUCCCGGUGAGAGACAUUUGCUCUCAAAGAGUAAUCCGAAUAUAUCAGCCGACGGGAAGCCAUUCAAUCAUACUGGAAGGAAGUCUUUCCCAAACCAAGAUCCGUCGACAGCUGCUUUGGCUGCAAUGAUUCGUGCACCGGCUGGUGGGAAUUCCAUUCAUGCCCUCAAUUCCACAACUAUUUCACCUUCACUUUCCUCAACGCAGCCAAAUUCCAACUCUCAUUCAGAUAUUGUAAAACUGAAUGACGUCAUAAUUCGGGAAGGAAGCAACUCAAUGAAGUCUACGAACUCACUAAACGCCGACCGUCCGUCUGCUAACCAAUCGCCAACAUCAAGUUCCCAUGCGUCGAACAAUUUAGUAGCUGUUAGUACUUAGCACAAGACGAUUGUGACGUAGUUAGCAUGUUAGUGAUGGCACUAAGUCUAAAUGCUUUGUGAUAUUUUGUUGUAAUCUAAUGGUUUGAUGCACAUAUGUUCGUGAGCGUGUUUAUAUUACUAGUGAUAUUAUUCGAUACGAUGUUUAAAGCCACAUAAAUACUCAAAAUCAACAAAUACUACGUGAAAUAUUUCGUUAAAUAAAGUUAAAACAUAAACGAGUUACAACAUGCUCGUUUUUAUGUUUUGUGACAAUAUAUCUAGUGUGAAUUACCCGCACGAUAUCGGAACAUUUACGAGCAAAUGAGAGAUUGGUUUCGGGCAGCUAAUGAGAACUACGUCGAGCGUCCGACGCUGCCCGAAGCCCAUCUCGCACUUGCUCGUUAAUGUUCGGAUAUCGUCGCGGGAACUUAACAUGAAAAAUAUUGUGACACAAACAAUAAAAAAAGCAUCAUUAAUCUCGUUAACUCUAUGUUACCAUACCACAUAUACCGUUGAAGUUUCGGCUAUUGCUAUAAGGAAUGCUUAUUGUAAUGGGUUAACUUUAUUUUACGAAAUAUUUCGUUAUAUAUUCGUUGUUUUUGAGUGUUUAUGUUAAGAUAACCAGGAGCGUAGUAUAACUACACGGUUUACUAGUUCAUCGGCAUGAAUGUGUGAAAUGAGUGCUAUGGAGCAAAAGUAUAUGUAGCUUCACGGAAGGACGUUUUCAUUUUAAUGCUUUUCAUCUAGGUAGUUAUAUUUUUGCACCAUAAUUCAUAUGCCAAAUAUUGUUAGCACCCUUUAAACUGUGUAGUAUUUUAAAUAAUUCACGCUUGACGUUAACGUGUCAUGGACCAUUGGUCCCCUAUCAAUGUGAAGGGAAUCUGAACAACUAUGUUCUAGUAAAUAAACAGUCCCUAUGCUUGUUUUACCAGUAGUGUUACAUAGUAUACUUCGCACAGUUCAAUCGUCGAAUAUGUUGGUUGGUUGGUCGGUAAGUAUUGCUUAUUUGUUCGGAGCAUAGCUUUGUUCAGAAUAGAUUGAAUUUCGAAUAACUUGACAUGAACGCUCGUCGUGAGUAGGCAGCGUGUCGAGCAAAAUAACCAGGUCUUUUGGUGAAAGGUUAAUGUCACCAUUCUAGUCAAUUCUUGUUCAUUCUAGUUAAAGGUAUACUUGUAGAAAAAUAGUCAUUGAAACUGCGUUUGGAGCAUAACGUUUAUCAGCAUGAAUGAAUAACCUUGUCAACUGGUCAAAGAUAAAUGUCACCAUUCUAGUUAAUACUAGUUCAUUCAAGUUAAAGGUACAAUUGUAGAAACAAAUAGUCCCUGAAAGUGUGUUUGCAUCAUAACGUUGAUGAGCAUGUAUGGAUUUUCAAGCUAAAUUGUACAUGUGAUCACCUUUAUAAGAUUAUGUGUCAAGCGAAACUACCAGGCCUAAUUUUGAAGUCACAUUUGGAUAUCAAAUGUCGUAUUAAGAAAAUCAUAUCAAUAGGAUAAUUUACUUUGUCGAGUAAGGAUGAAUGUUCAAAAACAUGACACAAUGAGUCAGGUGUCUGGUUUGUUAACCAGUCUCUAAUUAAUAUAUUAAUUUAAGGAAAUCAUUAGAGAACACGUAACUUUAUUCAGCAUGGAUGAAUUUUCAAAUAAAAAGGCAUCAUAUCCCAUGCAAACUAAGAUUUUAUGUAAGCAGGAUCAAUGUCAAGGUAUAAUGGAUCACAAGUCCAAUGUACCUUAUGCAACUGGUUCGUAGGUUCAAGGUCAAGGUCACAUGUAAAAGCCAAUGUUUGAAGUUAUCAGAUUAGUACCUGGAGGGAUUGUCACGCGUAAGAACCAGGUCCCUGGGUCAGAUGUAACAUGAUACGACAUCAUACUUUUAAAGUUGAAAUUAACAAAAAAACUAAAUAAUAAUUUAAUGACCAAAACGAAGAAACUUAUAUUUGAAUGCUAUCUGCUCUAGCUAUUGUACUCUCUCUACCCCAUGUAAACUUUGUCGAAGCAUUUCGAUGAACAACAGACUCAAACUUUCGCUUUAAUUGCAUGCACUAACAAGCUUAAUGAUAAUUUGGCUAAUUGUAUUGGAGGAUUGAAUUGUCAUAUCCGUUUCAUAAGUGAAAAUAUGAAGAUGAAAAUAGGCGCAUUUUCAUGAAUAAAAUAUGCUACUUUAUAACAGUGCUUUUAUUACAGAAUGGAUAUCACAUAUUUUAUUGAUAGUCAAACUUUAAUAUGCAAUGGUAAAAAAAGUGCAUUUAGGAACAAUAUUUGUUGGUUAACACAUACAAUUUAUUAUGUUUUGAAAUACAUGUCCCGAAUUAAUAAAACAUGUCCAUGAACUUGCUUUUUAGAUUCUUUAUGUAAAACUCAAUGUUAAUUUUCCAACUUUACAAAUUGUUAAUUUAUAAGUUUAAUCCUGGUUCAAAGAUUAUACAAUGGAGUUUUUUGUUUGUUACCCCGCUCCUUUUCUCAAUCUAACUCGAAAGUCGUUUCCCAACAUGACACAAUAUAUUUUUAUUGACGACAUGAUCUUUACUUUCCUCAAUAGAACCUUAUUUGUUUGGCUAGACAAUGCAGUAUUUACUUUGCUAUUCAACUCAAUUUUAAAUAUAACCAAAAUAGUAUAGUACAAUCGGUUACAAAGUUAUGAUAUGCUUAUUUAAAAUUGGUUGUGCUGCUGAAAUAGUUUCAUAUGUCAAUCUAUAAACAAUCACUAUUAACGCUAAGCUUAUUAAAUAAACUCAUGCCAUUGUAUAUAAGUAACUGUGUUCGUUGCAUUUAAAUUUAACUUUCAUAGGUCAUAUUUAUUUGAGAGGAUGUUAAGCCAUCUUGAUAAAC